CGUUUGCUGUUUCCUUCACCCCAACUGAAUUGCCAACCCAGUGCCGACUCCCGUGCGCCAUAGACGACUACCAUACGACAUUGUACUCUCUUUUUCUUUGUAUAACUGCGCCCACGAAAUCGACCUGUUCUAUCGUGUCUAAUUCCCAAGAAUGGGUGUUCCCGCUCUCUUCCGCUGGCUCAGUAGAAAGUAUCCUAAAAUCAUCUACCCUGUUGUCGAGGAGGAGGAGAUCAGAGUCCCAGGCGAUGGCGAAGUCCUCAGCAUCCCGGUCAACAUGUCCAUGGCGAACCCCAACGGCAAAGAAUUCGAUAACUUGUAUCUGGAUAUGAACGGAAUCGUUCACCCUUGCACUCACCCCGAUGGAAAGGCCGCGCCUCUGACGGAGGAAGAUAUGAUGAUUGAGAUAUUCAAAUACACCGAGCGGGUGGUCAAUAUGGUCCGACCUCGCAAGAUUUUGUUCAUGGCUAUUGAUGGCGUUGCACCAAGAGCCAAGAUGAAUCAGCAGCGCUCGCGACGAUUCCGUGCCGCCCAAGAGGCGAAGGACAAGGCGGCUGCGCAGGAGGAAGCCAACGCCCUGUGGCGAGCUAUGGGCAAGACGGUUGAGGAAAAUAACCGCGAGGCCUGGGAUACCAACGCCAUCACACCCGGUACACCCUUUAUGGAGCUUUUAGCUGCCUCUCUGCGCUUUUGGGUCGUGCACAAGAUAAACACUGAUCCUGGGUGGAAGAAUCUUGAAGUCCUUAUAUCCGACGCCGGUGUUCCUGGAGAAGGAGAACACAAAAUCAUGGAUUGGAUUCGGCGUCAACGAGUCAGUCCUGGCCACGACCCUAACACGAAGCACGUCAUUUACGGGCUAGACGCCGACCUGAUCAUGCUGGGGAUCGCGACACAUGAGCCGAAUUUCUGGGUCCUACGUGAAGAUGUGUUCAUGGAUGGAGCGAGUUCUACCGCUUGCCGCAAAUGCGGUCAAGAGGGACAUUAUGCUGCACAAUGCAUGCUGACGCAGGAGCAAAUCAAGCAGUCGAAGAAAGCGAUAAGCGACGAAGAAGCUGCUAUAAAGAAACCUUUCAUCUUCCUUGACAUUGCGAUUCUGCGUGAAUACCUCGUCGUCGAAUUGGACGUCCCGGAAAUCCCGUUCAAAUUUGAUUUUGAGAUGGCGGUGGACGAUUGGGUGUUGCUGAUUUUCUUCGUUGGGAAUGAUUUCUUGCCGCAUUUGCCGUCGUUGGAGAUCAGGGAGGGUGCGAUUGACACGCUUUUGACGAUCUGGAAGACGGAACUUCCCCGAAUGGGAGGGUAUCUGACGGAUCACGGUGAGAUCGUGCUAGAGAGAGCGCAGAUCAUUCUGGACGGACUGGCGCAGAGGGAGGAUGAUAUCUUCCGACGACGAAGGGAAGCGGAGAACAGACAAGACAGCAACGCGAAACGGCGCAAGCUGGAGGGAGGAAUGAAAAAUGAUAUCAGACCGUCGUCUAGUCUAGCUCUGACCUCUGGCCCGACUGCGCCUGUACAACAUCAUCAUUCCCUUCCUCCCCGACCAAACUUUGCUGCCAAUGCCGAUGCGCUUGGAUUUGGAACAGCGGCUGUGUCAUCAUCCACUUCGCCAGCUGCGGCUGAGCCUUCCCCGCCAUCGUCAUCUGCAGCAGCAGCAGACACCGCUACUGCGAUCCAAGCGCUGGCUGGAUCGAAUCGAGAUGUAGUUGCGAACCGACGUGCGAUUCGGAUGGCCAAUAUGUCUGCUGCUGAGAUGCUUAAGGCCGAAAUGGCCAGUGCCGUGCCUGUGAAACCGUCUGCGCAUUCCUCGCUUCCUGCUAAGCCACCACCGCCGGUCACCCCCCUUGCUCCGCCGAGCAUGCCGCCACCUUCUGAGAGCCCUGCGGCCGAUGUCGAUAUGAGUGAUGUCGCGACCACGUACUCGGCCACUUCCACCCAUCUGUCCACCACUUCCGCAGAUUCUUUGGCUGGCUCGAAGCGCAAGCUGUCUGAGGUGAACGAGUCUGAGCAAGAUGCCGUUGGUGAAGACGAAGAGGACGCCAGUGCGCCUGCGAAUGUGUCGGCUCCCAAAAAGUUGAUAGUGAACCCCGACGGAACAGUCGAGCAGGAGGAUGUUGUCAAAUUGUGGGAACCAGGCUACAAGGACCGCUACUAUGCGCAAAAGUUCCCUGAUGCCGUGCUGGAGUCGGAUUUCAAGAGGAAGAUCACGACAGCCUACGUCGAGGGUCUCUGCUGGGUGCUCAAGUACUACUACCAAGGCGCACCAUCCUGGCAGUGGUUCUAUCCGUACCACUUUGCGCCGUUUGCUGCUGACUUUGAGAACGUGAAGGACAUGGAUAUCCGAUUCCAGCUGGGGAUGCCGUUCAAGCCGUUUGAGCAGCUGAUGGGAGUGUUCCCCGCUGCAAGUCGCAAACACAUCCCGGAGAUCUUCCAUCAGCUGAUGCUGGAUGAGCGGUCUCCGCUCCGUGGCGGGGACAAGGAGAACGAGAAGCUGAGCCCCGACUUCUACCCCGAAGAGUUCGAGAUCGACAUGAACGGGAAGAAGAUGGCGUGGCAGGGGGUCGCUUUACUGUCGUUCAUCGACCAGGACGUGCUGCUGUCGUCGAUGGCGCAGCCGUUUGCGUUUCUGCCAGCUGAUGAGCGGCCGGCGCUGACGGCUCAAGAGAUGGAGUUGGCGAAGAACGAGCCGCCGUAUACGGUGUUCUUGAGCGAGGGCGAGCGGCGGCGGAAUGCGUGGGGCAAAAACGUCAUGUUCGCUGCCGACGAGCAUCCGGUUUAUCCGGUGUUCGAGUCGUUGUAUGGGAAGAGGAAAACGCAAGAUGUGGGUCAUGUCUCUGACUUGGUGUGCUCUUACCUAAUCUCAUCACAUCUCUCUCUCGCCACAGCCCGUCGUGCUGGACCCGAAGCUGAGCAACGGCAUCUCGGGCAGCAUCGCGCGCAACCCCGACUGUCUUCCCGGCUCUACGUACCCCAACGUCAACAACCUCCCGGGAAUGGAGGACGUGCGGAACGACCGGUCGCUGUCGGUGGUGUACUACUUCCCGAAACAGGUCACGCCGCACCGCAGCGUUCUGCUCCCGGGGGCGGUCAAGCCGCGGCGCGUGCUCACGGCGACCGACCUGGAGAUGGCGCGGAGGGCAGCGGCGGGGCGGGGGCGGGGGAGGGGCGGGCCGCGAAAUGAUUCGUUCCAUGCCAGUCGUGCGGCAAGAGACUCGUAUGGCUCACAUAAUCAUAACGGCGGUUAUGGGAGGGGAGGAGGAGGAGGAGGAGGGGGCGGAGGGCAUCACAGUGGUGGAGGGCAUCACGGUGGAGGAGGUCAUAAUGGUGGCGGCGGGGGCUAUAAUGGCGGCGGUGGCGGGUAUAACGGUGGAAGUCAUCAUGGUGGUGGUGGAGGGUACAACGGGGGUGGAGGGUACAACGGAGGCGGAGGGUACAACGGCGGGGGCGGGGGCUAUAACGGGGGAGGGCAGAAUGGCGCAGGGGGAUAUGGGGGAUACGGCUCCGGCCAUAAUCCUUCUCCGUCGUAUGGCGGAGGGGGAUACGAUCAGUCGCACGGUGGCGGAAAUUACCGAGGACCUCCGCCUCUCCAACAGCAGCAGCAGCAGUACGGCGGGUACGGUGGGCCGCCUCCUCCGCAGUCACAUCAAGGUUAUGGCGGCGGCGCGUAUCAGCAACCGCCGCAGAACGCGUACGGACGAGGGCCACCCCAGCAGACGAAUUAUGGCGGAUACGGCCAGGCUCAAAGCUAUAACGGCAACAACAACAACUUUGGGCCCGGGCACGGACGCGGCGGGUAUAACGGAUCCGGCCGUGGUCGAGGGUGGUAGAUACUGCAAAUCGCUAUUAGGAUCUGUAGAAGUUUGAAUUUCAAGCUUCCAUCCUCAUCUUGCGCAUUUAUUUCUCGCCAUGACUGUAACAUAACGUUUCUAUGUAGGCGGGGUCUACAAUCUUAUCACGCAUGGUAGUCCUGCUCCUUCUUGCGUCGCUCGAGUUCAGUCUCGGGCGAUUAUGAUAGCAGCAAUGUUCGCGCAGAGUAGUUUACUCUUAUCCUG